UAUCUCUUCCCCUCCUCGCUUUUGCUCCUCCUCCUCUCCCCCUCGCUCGUCUCAUCUUCUUUUCACAUUAAAUUUUAUAUUAUACUUUUCCCAUUUCCUUUCCUGUCUUUUUCGAUUGGAUUCCUCGCAUGGUGUGCUGAGUUCCAACCCUCACCUUCGGCUUCCCCGCGCUUCGUCCACGAUGCCUUCGCGCACUCGUCAAGGUCCCUCCACUGCGACGGAGGUCGUGGAGCCCGAAGAGGCGCCCGGAGACCUUCGCAGCCUUCAAUUCAAUGAAUCGCUUUCCUGGCGCGUGGGCCGAUCAGCUAUUCCCAUUGCAGAUUUGUUGCAACGCUUGCAGACCCUCGCGCAGGAGCUUCGCAAGUUGGAGCAGGAAGAGAUCGACCCGAAUUCUCUCACCAAGGUUUCGCAGGAGCUUGCCAGCGCUCAUCUGCUGGCACACAAGGAUAAGGGCGUGAGAGCUUGGGCGACGUGUUGUAUUGUGGAUGUCUUGCGCCUUUGCGCUCCCGACGCGCCCUUCACCGGUAAUCAGCUCAAGGAUAUCUUUACGUGCAUCGUAUCCUCUAUUGUCCCCGCUCUGGCAGACCCUUCCAACACCUACAAUGCCCAGCAUAUUUACGUCUUGAAUUCGCUAGCAGAAGUGAAGAGUGUCGUGCUUAUGACGGAUCUUGACCAUCCGGACUCUCUGAUCAUCCCUCUUUUCACCAGCUGCUUUGACAUCGUCUCUGGCUCCUCCAAAUCUUCUACGGGCGAAGAGGUGGCUAAAAAUGUCGAGUUCGACAUGACCCGGCUCCUCGUAACGGUCAUCGAUGAGUCGCCCGUUCUCGCGCCCGAUGUCGUGGAUAUUAUCGUGGCACAAUUCCUACGAGUUGACCCCCGCAUUAUCGAGCAACCUAACAGGAAAGGCAAGAAGGCGGAUGCGCCGGUGGAUGCCAAACAAGGCACCCUACUUCUGAAGGACUACCCUGCCGCUUACAACAUGGCCAAGGCGAUUUGCCAAGCAUGCCCGGAGAGGAUGACCAGCCACAUCAGUCAGUAUUUCAACAAUGUUAUCAUCGAUGCCUCCGCAACCUCGAGCGGGGCGAAUGGCUCGAAAUCUUCGAGCCGGAGACCCAACCUAGACGAUUCCGAUGAGGAAGGAGAAGACCUUAAGGAGUUGGGCAAGGCUCACCGGCUAAUUCGGGAGCUCUGGAGAGCCUGUCCGGAGGUAUUGCAGAACGUGGUUCCCCAGCUGGAAGCGGAAUUAUCGGCGGAAUCGAUACCUUUGCGCCUGUUGGCAACACAGACCAUUGGUGAUCUUACGGCUGGUAUCGGGGUUGCUGGACCACCCCCUCCUCCCCAAAUGGAUCCUGCUGCCUACCCACCCGUCGCUCUGGCGGAAUAUUCCCAACUUCUUCCUCAGCCAAACAUUCUCCUCACUCCACUGUCCCCGAAACCAUUUUCGCAGGCGCAUUCUUCUACAUAUGAGAGCUUCCUGAGUCGGCGUUUAGACAAGUCUGCCUCAGUCCGAGCGGCUUGGGUGACUGUCAUUGGACGAAUUCUCGUAACAUCUGCUGGGGGCUCGGGCUUGAGUGACAACGAGGAGCAGACCCUUAUUAAGAACUUGGGAUCUAUGCUUCGAGAUGCUGACGAAAAGGUUCGAGUGGCAGCUGUUGAUGCAGUCGGUUCCUUCGGUUUGUCUCAUGUCGUCCACAAACUGGGGGCCAAUGGCGACUUCUCAUCCCCAGACUCCGUCCUCUCCAUUCUCGCGGAACGAGUCAAGGACCGGAAGCCGCUGGUACGUGAGCGUGCGAUGAAGACUCUGGCUCGGACUUGGGCUGUUGCAGCUGGCGAGAUUGAGCAGAACAAUGAGCAGGUCACCUCUCUGCUCAAGGACGCUCCAUCGAAGAUCUUCGAUGCCUACUACACCAAUGACCCGGACAUCCACGUGCUUAUCGAUCGCGUGCUCUUCGAACUGUUACUGCCGCUCAGCUACCCUCCGAUCAAAGCCAAGCUGUCCCGAAGUGGCUCAAGUCAAUCACAAAAACAAGGAAUCCAAGGCUCAGAGGCCGAGAAUGAAACAGACGUUGAUAAAAUCCGUGUCCGUCGAAUCCUCACCUUGCUUGCAGGGCUAGACGAGAAGGCCAAAAAGGUUCUAUUCGCGACGCAGCGUCGGCAAUUGUCUAUAAGGACAAUUAUGACUGUCUAUCUACAGGCCUGUGAGGAUUAUAAUGGCGGCGUGAUGGAAGAAAACGAGGAUCAAAUUAAGACCAAACUCAGUCGCGUGAUUGAUACUUUGGCAAAGACCUUCCCUGAUGCAUCGCGCGCAUCCGCAGACUUGUGGAAAUUCGCCAAGGUCCAUGAUCGUCGAGGCUAUCAACUUGUUCGUUUUGCGAUGGCUGCUACCAGUGAUUAUCGCACUGUGAUCAAGGCCAUCAAGGAGCUUGCAAGAAGAAUUCAAAGUGCGAACAACACUCCUUUGCUCGAGACCCUCACGCCACUUCUGUACCGUGCCAGUUCCCUCAUUUUCAACAGAAGUCACAUUCCCGCAAUUAUGAGUCUCUCAAGGUCGGGCGAGAGCGGAUUGGCAAACGCCGCUCAUGAGAUUUUGCGGGAGAUCUCCAACUGGAACCCGGAAGUGUUGGAAGCGCAAGUCCAGGAGAUGUGCAAGGAUCUGGAAUCGAGAGCACCCAAGGCUGCUACAGGCAACGAUGCUGGCACUGAGGAGAUCCUGAAGGCUUGCUCUGGAUUUGCAAAGAAACUUCCAGAGAAGCUUCCUAAGGAACGCAAAUUUUUCCAGGCUCUCACAAACUACGCCCUCUACAGCACAUCGCCUCGUGCCGCCAAGCAUGCCGUCUCGAUUCUCAUUGCCACCGCGGAUAAAAAGGAGAUGUACGCGAAGGAUUUGAUCCAUAAAUGCGUCUCGAAAUGGACCUACGGAUCUGACCGCUUCCUCACCAAGUUGGCUGCUCUGUCUCAGCUGAGCCUCCUUUGCCCAAGAGAAGCGGAUGAAGAGAGCGAUGCCAUCAUAUCCAUAGCUAUAAACCAAAUCCUGCUCACGAACCGUUCCCCGCAACCGGACGCUGAUUACACAUGGUCAGACUCUGCGGAUGAAGAGACCAUUGCUAAGGAAUGGGCACUCAAGAUCAUCGUCAACCGUCUCCGUGCUAAGGAUGGCUCAGACAAUGAGGCUGACUUCCGGGCCCACGCUGAUCCCGUUUUCAGCACCUUGAACAAGCUUGUGAUUGGUGAGGGCGAGCUGUCAAAGAAGAAAGACACGCCAGCUGCACAGAAGCCGCGGCUGCGGCUCCUGGCUGCAAAAUCUCUGCUCAAGCUCUGUGCAUCCCACAAGCUCUGUGAGCCAUUGCUAACACCUGGUGAUUUCAACUUGAUUGCUUUGGUAGCUCAGGACCCAAUCGCAGCAGUGCGAAGUGGUUUUAUCAACCAGAUCAAAAAGAAACUUGUACAGAAAUCCUAUUUGGGCCAGCGUUGGUACACCAUUCCUUUCCUGCUUGCAUUCGAGCCCAACGCGAGCCUGAGGGACAGCACCCUCACAUGGCUGCGGUCUCGCGCAGCAUGGUUCUCACAACAGGGUCAAGCUACUGGGGACAAGGCCGACCAGACAUAUCUGGAGUCGAUGUUCUCACGCCUUCUAUCUCUCCUUGCCUACCACCCCGAUUACCCAUCUGACGACUUGGAUGAGUCGACGAAACUCGGCGACCUGGCAGACUUCGCACGGUAUAUUCUCUUCUACCUUACCGCUGUAGCCAACGAGCACAACCUGUCAUUGAUCUUCCAUGUCGCACAGCGUGUCAAGCAGGCACGAGACGGCAUUAAUAAAUCCGAUGAGGUUUCCACCCGUCUUCAUACUCUUUCGGACCUGGCACAAUCAACAAUCCGCCGAUUUGCGGAUAUUUACUCCCAGCAGCACAAGUUUGGCGGAGGAGCUGGCGGUACCAACAUUCUUCAGACCUAUCCCGGAAAGAUGGGAGUGUCUGCCUCGAUUUUCGCUCAAAUGAAUAGCCACCGGGAAGCACAGGAAGUUGCUGAGAAGAACUUCCUCCCUGAUGACAUGGAUGACAUCUUGGAUCGUGUUGUUCGGUCUGCGAUGAGAUCGAAGGGCGGCUCACAAGGCCAGGGAGCUGCGAAGAAGAGAAAGCCCGAGUCCCUUGGCACAAAUGGGGAUGCAAGCACGACCAAGAAGGCAAAGAAGGAUAAAGGGAAAGCACCCUCGCGUCCCCGGAAGAGGUCUUCCUCUGGUGCUGCUGCAUCCAAGACACCUAAGAAAAAGAAGAAGAAUGAGGAUGGUUGGUCGUCGGAUGGAGGUGCCGCUGACGAAGAUGUGUCGGCAUCUGCACGAAGACGUAGUAGCAGAGGCACAAAGAGCAGGAGGGUCAGUUAUGCCGACCGGGACAGUGAUGAAGAUGACAUGGAGAUGGAUGAAUGGGAGGAAAAGGUACCACCACAAGAGGAGGAGAAAGAAGACGAAGAGAGCGAACUCAGUGAACUGAGUGAAGUGGAGGAUCCCUCAGACCAAGAGGGGCCCGGAAAAGAGUCUGAAAACGAAGACCAGCCAAAGGACAAUGAGGAAUCAGAAAAUGCAGAAGAGGAAGAGGAACAAGAGCAAGAAGCUACACCACCACCAGCCCCGAAGACCAAAAAAGCCGCAGCAAAAGGAGGCAAGAACAAACGUAACGAGAAGACGGCGACUCUCCCCUCGAGACGAUCCUCUCGAAGAGGAUAAAUAAGAAUGUGUGAUGUGAUUGAUAUAUGGAUGGAGUUAUUUUUUCCCCCUUUCUUACCUGUCACCUCCAAACUCCCUGGGAGGCGAGUGUCAUGAUAUGUGUCUGUGUACUGAAAUCGUUGUUCGGGACUCUACGAUCCAGUUUCUCUUUUCCCCCUGUCUUCCAAUUGUAAGUGUCUAUCUGCUUGUGUGUCUAUGUCGAGGAAGAAAUAUCUCCCAUCUCUUCCAUCUCUGUUUCUUAUCAUACGGUGUUAAAUUGAAUUGUAUACCCAUUUUCUUCUUUUUUCUUUUCUGUGCCAAAUUUCUUCCUCUUCUCGAUAUCAUCAUGUUAUGCCAUGUUGUCUUGCGCUUUUUUUUUUUUUUUUUUGUCU